AUGAAAACAAAAUUUCAUCCUUCCAAAAUCUGCAUUUCUGUUGCUUGGCAGAAACCUCCUCUUGGGUGGGCAAAACUCAAUACGGAUGGCUCGGCUUUAGGCAAUCCUGGCAGAGCAGAAUUAUGGGCCCUUAGAGAUGGCCUCAUCAUUGUCAAGGAAUUGGGGCUUUGUAACUUGAUUGUAGAGUUAGAUGCUUCAAGUGUUGUUCAGUUGUUAUCUAGUGAUAAGCCAUAUUUGUUAAUGAAACCUUUAUUGUCUGAUUGCAGGAGCCUAUACAGAACAAUUCCUAACAAACGGAUACAGCAUGUAUAUCGAGAAGCAAAUCAAUGUGCUGAUGCACUAGCUAGAUUGGGAUCAAGUGUUGUUUCCUCUUUUGUUGUUUUUGUUGAACCACCGCCUGUGGUGGUCAGCUUGCUAGCCCUUGAUGAGGCUGGCUUUUGUUGUAAUAGACUUGUUUGUUGUUAA